AUGGAUGCGAUCACACGGGGUGGCCUGGGUGGAGCGAUAUGGACGGCCAUCCUUUUGGUCACACAUCCUCCAGGCCUUCUGGCAUCGACGGUGCGUACCGCCGUGACCGCGGUGGACUGGUUGGACUGCCGUGGCGCGGCCUUUGCGCCACAGUGGUCCGAGUUGGCACUGCUCAGUGGACUUCCGGAGCAAAUCCGGCCACUUCCUCCUCCCAUCGUGAAGUUGAUCGAGGAGCUGGAGCCAUCCUGCCAAGCCAGGAAGGAUGUUGCAUCCCUCUUGGCAUGGACAGGCGAAAAGCCGGAGGCCGACUAUGAAGCCAUGGACUCCUUAAGAUGGUGGAUCAAUGCCUCCUAUGAGGUCACGGUGAAAGAAGGCCAUGCGUUCUGCUUGUACGGCUGCAUCACCGUGCUCUUCCUCUUGGCCUUCAACGAGUUGGCCUGGCUCAUGAACUCGGCCGCCGAGCCUUCGGAGGCCGAAGCGGAACAAAGCCUUCAGUACAUCUUCGUGAGCCUCCACUACGCACGAUCCUUGCUGGGUGAUCAUUCAACCUUGGACUUGGUCUCCAGCAGCGUGUGGCCAGCGAACUUGCCUGGAAAGAUCAAGGAGCUCUUUCUGAAGACUGAGGAAGUGAUCACCGGCACACCUCCGCCGGCAGUGGCAGAGACGCCGCCAACGGCCUUGGACUUGGCGCGGCGUUGGCAGCCCUGUGAUCCAUUGCUCCACCAGGGCUGCUGGCCCGCGGGCCCUGCGCGCGCGCAGCGCUGGGCGCGCGGCGAUGGGGCAGCGUUGGUGAUGCUGUUCAUCGGCGAGCAUGCGCCCUUUGCCAACACCGUCUGGCAAUGCAUCAGCUCCGCGGCCAUGGCCUUGAGCGUCUCCUUGCGGCCCAUCUUCGCCGGUGCCUUCUACGCCUGCCAAGGACUGCCGAGCGCGUGCGAGAAUGACGUGGCCAAGGAUUGGUUUCGGGCGUGGAUGACCAGGUGGCCAUUGGAGGGUGAUGAAGCAUUGCAGGUGGCGGACAUGGACUCCGAAGCCAUGGGCUUGAUGAAGGCCAUCCAGGGACAUCCCGAUCCGGACGCAUCUCGUCCCGACUUUUUGCUGUGCGGAGACACCGUGCUCUUCUGCCAUUUGCUGCGCCGCGCUGGGUUCUUCCGUGACAUCCCAGCGUUGCACAUGUAUGGCAUGGUCUUUCUGCAGUACGUGCCGGUCUCGUGGCGCACCACCAUGAUGCAGGACUUCGCAGACUUUUGGAAGACCUUGGGUGUGCAUGAGCCGGCCGGCGUGAACAUUGAGGUGUUGGGUCUUCAACUCCAAUGGCAGAUGGGCAUCGCCAUUCCCUUCGUGCCUUCCUCGGGGACCUCCGAUUCAGCUGGGGUGCUCUAUCAACCACCAGGAGGGGCCGAAGCAACAGCAAACGCGGCAGCGGCGGCAGCUCCGUCAACGGCUCAACGCCGCGUGGUGCUGCUGAAGAGCGGGUUCUUUGCCUUGGCCCCCGGCAGGGUCUUCGAUGUGGUGCUCCGACGCCUGACGCACGACGUGCACGACGGCACCAAGCGCCCGAGCGGAGCGACCGGAAGGACCACGUGGCACUUCUGGGGCACCGAGACGACGAAGGUCUUCCUGAACUUCGCGACCAUGGCGUCCUACUCCUGUGCUGUCUAUGUGGCUCCGGAGUUUUCGCAGUUGCUCUUGCGGGACGUGUAUGGCAUCGGUCUGCCGGUCUUGGCGCCGGAGAUCCUGUGGCAUCAACGACUCCUGCAGCACAUGUUCGCCUCGUGGGGUCAGCUGCACAACGAGCACGAUGUCGGACGCAGGCCGCCCGAGAGCAAGCAACAGGACCAGGCGGCGGUGUUCCACGCAGCAGACACUUGGAAGUUCCCACCCUUUUACAAUCCCUUAGAGCAUCCGCCGGAACACUUGAAGUUCUGGCUACCGCUGGCCGAGGUGCACCGUUGGCCGCACGUGGUGCCCUUCGCGUCGCUGACGGAGCUCCUGCGCCUCGUGGAGACCGUGGACCUCCGCGCGGUGAGCGCUCGCAUGCAGGUGGAGAGUCGGCGCAUUGCGGCGAACUGUCGGAGUUUCUAUCGGCAAAGUUUGUUGCACUUGAUCAACCAACGAGUCUUAGCUCCAAGAAACUGCAGACUCUUCCACUCCGCGGACUCAGUCAACUGGCACAAGUUUCAGGCGAUCGAUCCCUGCCUCUAUGAGCUGCAGAGCUACCAGACGAACUGCUUCGACUCGGCGCCCAGCGGCGCGUUGAUCCACGAGGCUUUGCAGAUCUUGGAGCAGAUUGGUCAGGCGGAGCUUUCCAAAUACAUCUCAGCCACCACGAUGGUUCUGGAGCAAAGUAAUCAGAUUGGCUUUGACCCCAUGGCAUCUACUGCCUUCCUGGCAGGAGAGCGUUUGGAGGGUCUUCCUGGAUAUGGCCAACCGGGGUCGCGGGCGCGGGUCUACUACGAGCUGGCAUGUCAGUCUGCUCAUUUGCUCGCCCACAAUGUGUUGUCCUUAUGCCACAAGCUCUCGGGUAGCCUAUUGGAUGAGCAGCAAAUGCAGCGGAAGGUGAAGAUGCUACAUAUCGCGCGACACCUGUCCAGCGACAUGCAUCGACAAGCCGGUUACUUCUUUCGCAUCGCCAUCGAGCUCUUGGGUCAUUGGCAGCUGACCGGCAGCUGCUCGCAACGUGAAGACGUGGCACAAGUCUUGGCGAACAGCCUUCAAAGCCAUUGGAAAAACAUGGCCAAGGCUUUGGAAGAGCUCGGCUGGCAGCAUCAAUCUUACGCGCCAGGCAUGGGAAGUACUUCCAAUGUGCUGGUGGAGAGGAUGACCUCACCUGCCCUGGUGGAUUUUUGGAUGAAGCUCGUCGAAGGUGUCAUGUCCACCACUUGCUUGGACCUGGUCCUCAACCUGGUGAUCUUGGUCUCCUACCUGGCCGAAGACGCCGUGCGCCUGAAGACGCACCUCUUCGCGCAGCUCUACCUCACCGAGCUCCGCCUCUCACCACCGGGCACGGCCGCGGAGGGCGUUGCCGUGGCGCUGCCGGUGGACAGGGCGGCACCGGCGUCACGUGGUCACGUGCCCUUCGUGUUCCGGCGCUGGCGCUGCUGCUUGCGCUAUCACGUCUUGUUGCAACUGCUGGAGGAGAUCGCGCAACAGAGAGCGCAAGAGACGAAGACACCCGUUUCGGUGUCGAUGAUCGAAAUCGGAGUGCACACGGCCUCGACGGCCAGAUUCUUGUUGGAUCGGGCACCCUUUUUGCAUUGGACGGGCAUCGACCCCUACGAAGAUCACUCGGGCGACGCGUUGUUCCACGAAGCCUCGCGGCACCUGGCGCGCUUCGGCCACCGGGCGCGGCUGCUGCGGCGACGCUCGGAGGAGGCCUGGGAGACCAGCGGCGCUCUCCAUGGAGUGGAGCUCCACUCGGUGGAUCUGUUGUUCGUGGACGGCGACCAUGACUACAACGCCACCUUCCAGGACCUCGUCGCCUGGGCGCGCUUCGUGCGCCCAGGCGGCAUCGUGGCGGGACACGACAUCUUCAAUCCGGUGAAUGAUGGUGUUACAGAGGCCGUGGAAGAUCUCCUGCGAGGAAAGAACGUCGUGGUGAACUUUGCAACAGAUCAUGUCUUCUGGUGGCAUACGUGA